AUGUGGUAUGUGUUGAUUGCUUCUAGUGACAAUAAUGAAUUUAUUCAAAAUAAUACUUUAGAUUUUCUGAAUAUAUCAUCACCAUUGAUUCUUUCUGAUGAACACAAUGAUUUUACAACACUUAGAUCAAUUAUAAAUACAUAUAAUCAACAAGCCUUAUAUCAAGAUUUUUCAAAUAAUCAUUUCAAUUGUGCAAUUUGUCUUGAAGAAAAACGUGGUGAACAAUGUAUUCAACUCAAAUCUUGUCAACAUGUGUUUUGUCAAAAUUGUAUUUGUAAAUAUUUUGAAAUGUUGAUCAGAGAAGGGUUCAUCACACAAGUCAAGUGUCCUGAACCAGGUUGUCAAUUAAAACAUAUAUUAGCAACAGAAGAAAUUUCUGAGAUAGUUGAUAAAGAAACUUCUGAUAGAUAUUCAUAUUUAGUAGAAAAGCAAAAACUUGAGACAGAUCCAUUGGUCACCUAUUGUCCUCGAAAAUCAUGUCAAGCUCCUGUUAGAAAGAACUCCAACUAUGAUAAAUUAUGUGUUUGUCCAAAAUGUUCUUUUGCAUUUUGUUGUUGGUGUGAAAAAACUUGGCAUGGUUCAAGUGCACCAUGCAAUAUGUAUAAUAUUAGUAAAAUAGUAAGUGAUUAUAUGGAAGCAGAAGGGGAAUUGAAAUAUACUUUGGAAUUACGUUAUGGAAAGAAGAAUCUAGAGAAACUGGCCAGGGAUGCUAAAAUGGAGUUGGAAGUAUCAAAAUGGGUUAGCAUGAAUGCACAAAAUUGUCCAAGUUGUAAAGCCGUAAUUGAAAAAUCAAUGGGUUGUAAUCAUAUGGUUUGUUCACGUUGUUGUGCACAUUUUUGUUAUUUAUGUGGAAAUGCUCUAAACCCUGGUGAACCUUAUAAACAUUUUAAUGAUCCGAAAUCACCUUGUAAUCAAAAAUUGUUUCAUAUAAAUGAAUAUAAUAAUAUAUAG